AUGGCAAGGAUGGCCGCGUCUGGUUCCGAAAUUGAUGACUUCUUGAACGGGCCUCUAGUUUCGUGGCUAAAAUCAUGUCUUCCAAGUCCAGAUGUUGUCACAGAGUAUUCAUCUCUAUUCAAUGGAGAUAUCUUACAUCAAGUGUACCUUCAGAUAGACCCAGAGCCAUCAUGCCAUAUCACAAAACUUGCUGGGCUGGAAGACCAAGCCCUGAUAUUAGGUAGAGUGAAGAACUUUGAUGCCAUUAUCAAAAAUGUGAAAAGUUUGUAUGAAGAAGAGCUUGGUAUGACACUCUUGGUGGUCCCUGAGUGUAUAUGCUUGGGCAAGGCACCAGAAUCUAGAGAGGGUCUGGAAACUAUGAAGCUUUUGAUCUUGCUUCUCCUUGGUGCAGCAGUUCAGUGUCCUAAUAAAGAACUGUUCAUCACCAGGAUUAAGGAACUUAAUGUUGAUCUGCAGCACAACAUUGUGGAAUGCAUCAAACAGGUUACAGACAUGCAGACUGUGGUAUUGACGCCAGACGCCAUCGAUCUUUUUCAAUCACCGACGAUGUUUAAUCACAUGCGUCGGCUAGCUAAAGAACGUGAUCACUAUCUACAAAACUGGGCUUCACUAGUACUUCACGAAGGGUUGUGUGAGAAUGACAAUGAGAACAAAAAUGGAAAGAAUAGGUCUACACAGAAUGUCAACCAAAAUAAUGGCGAUAGCCAACAUCUUGCUGUGGAGCUGGCUGAUUGGAAAGCACGUUUGAGGAAGCAAAGACAAGAAUUGGAAGAAAAAUCAGAACAGUUAUCCGAAUGUCGUGAAGAAUUAGAACACACCAAGCUAGUGCUAGCCAAGUUACGCUCUGACAGCCAAGAAUGGUUCAAUGAAGCUAGAAAAUCAGCAGGCUAUCGAGAUGAAGUUGAUGCUCUCAGGGAAAAAGCGGAGCGAUGUGAUAGGCUUGAACAAGAAAUUCAGCGGUACCGUGAUCGUCUAGCUGAUGCGGAGUACUAUAAAACUCGAGUUACAGAACUUCGCGAAGAUAAUAAAGCUUUAAUGGAAACAAGAGAUGCCUUAGAAGAACAACUACAAAGAGCGCGGAAACGAGCCGAACAAUGCCUUACUUUAGAGGCAGCUAUGAUCAAAUUGAAGAGGGAAGCCAAUGAUAUUGCAUUGGAAAGGGAUGCAGAUCAACAGAAAAUCCAGGAACUUAUUGAAGAAAAUAAUCAUCUGCAGUACAUAACAAAAUCAGUAUUAAGUGAAAGCAAUAAUAGUAAUUUAGAUACGGACAACGAAGGCGAGAGUACUCUAGAAUCUGGAGAAAAUAGUUUAUCAGAACAAUUAACGAGUAACGCUCAAGCCAGGGCCUUGAAACUGGAACUUGAAAAUAAGAGACUUUUAUCAACUAUAGAUAGCCUCCGAGAACAAACAUUACUAGAAAGUAGUGAUAAAGUGCUUGAGCUAGAGAAGGAAAAGAAAAGGUUAACAUUGAAAUGUGAGCAGCUUCAAGAAAACUGUAACAGGCUUAUGCAACAAAACUCUGAGUUAGAAGAAGUGUUCAGAAAUGCUCUAGAAGAAAAUAGAAAGUUACAAGAUUCUUUCGAUAGCCAAAAAACAUUUAUAGAUCGACAAGCAAUUGAUAGAGAUUCAGAAAAGAACAAAUUACAAGAUUUUGAAAAGCAUUUGGAAUCUAUAACCAAAGAUAAACAGAGAAUUCAAAUGUUAUGUGAUUCUAUUCAAAGAAGAGCAGAUGAAUUAGAAAAGUCUUUGGAUGCUAGAACUAAAGAGCUGAACAUUUUGAAGCCGGAAGCUGAUAAGGUCACUGGUCUCAUAAUUCUAACUGAGGAAUUAAAAACGAAAUUAACAUACAGUGAAAGGGACACACAUAACUUGCAGAGGGAAGUUAACAAGUUAAGAGAAGCUGUUGAAGAAAAGGAUGUAUCACUUGAUAAACUUACAACCGAAAUUGAACUCAAAAAGAAGGAAUUGGAGAGAUUAACAAGAGAACUAGAGAUAAGCCACACAAUGACAAGUAAACUUCAAGACUUAGAACAAAAGACUCAAGAGCUUAAAUCACAAAAGAAAGUAGAUUCUGAAACUAUUCAAACACUACAAAAAGAUCUUAUUUCAGAAAAGGUCAAUUUUGAUAAACUAAGAAAUUGUAUGGAUAAACUUGGUAUUAAUGCAACAGAAGUAUUGAGUAGAGAUGUUAGUAUAGAAGAUUUAUUGGAAAAAGUUAUCACAAAUGUUGAUCAUGAAGGAUUGAUAUCAGAAAUUGCAGCUAAGGCCAAUCUAAUGAAAUUGGUUCCAUGUGAUUGUAAUCAUGACAAUGUUAACGUAAACAGCAAUGACGAUAUAGUCAAUCCGCAAAUAGAGCAACUCACUUCAGAUCUUGCGACAUUGCAGGCAUCAUUAGAAAAUAGUCAAGCCGAAAAUGCUAAACUACAAGUAAACAUUGCAACUUUGAACUCUCAGAAUGGUUCCUUGAUAUCUCAACAAAUGACCUUACAGCUAGCUAAUAGCCAACUUGCUGCUGAAAAAGAAGAGAUUAUCAAACAGUUAGAAGUUUUGAAAGAUAAACAAGAUAACCUACUGAGAGAUCAAGUGGCUCUACAGACACUUCAUGAACAGCUUAACACUGAAUACGAAACUCUGCUCAGUGAAAGAGAACCUGUUAAAAUCGUUGUUAGAGAUCUAAAACUUGAAAAUCGAGAAUUAAAAGAAAAAUUGGCACAGUAUGAGAAGAAGGUGUCCGAUUUCGAAGCCGAAAGAGAAAACUUAAAAAUUGAAUCCAGAAACCUGGUUAAUCUUAGAGCUGAGCAUUCUAAACUCAAGGAUGACUUCAGGAACCUCUUUACAGCAAGUGAUAGACUGAAGAAUGAGUACAGAAAUAUGCAAGAAGAAUAUAGAAAUCUUAGGAGUGAAGUAACUCAACUAAAAUUAAGAAAUACUGAGAUAUCUGGUGAAAUCAACACAAAGGUUGAGAUUAUAACCAGUAUGGAAUUAGAAAUUAAUAAGACCAACCAACAUUGUGAAAUGUUAAUUCAAAUGAAUAAGAGUUUAGAUGCAGACAGGCGUUCUUUGAUGGAUCAUGUGUCACAACUGUUGACCCAAUAUCACGAACUACUUGCUCACUCACUAAAAGAUAAACAACAUUACCAUGAAGAAGAAAAGAUGUUUGCAGAUAAAGUAAAUGCGUUGUGUCGCCAAAAAGAAAAAUUAGAAGAAAAAAUUAUGGAACAUUACAAAAAAUUGGAUAACUGUACCACCAAAAGACGUGGUUUUGGUGCGUCAUUUGUGAAGAGGGUGCGUAAAGCUGGAACAGAUUUGAUUAAUAAAGUACCAACAAGAAACAACAAACGAAUUGAAGACGCCAGUCGAUCGAAAUCUCAGCUUACGUUGGCUGGAUCGGAAUCGGGUGAAUCGGAUCCUGGUAGCCAAGAGCUAGAAAAAAUUUCGAAAAAUUCCGACCAAGAUCAAGGUUCUUCAAAUCCCAGUGCUGAGUCUCCAAGACAUAGCAUUGAUUCUAGUUUCACGAGAAGGUUUGAUGACAAACUUUUGAAAAAAUCGGAUAACAUUGACAUGAGUGGAUCAAUUCCAAGUUUGGAUUCAACUAGAUUGACCAGUGAAAGUAAUUUUGUGCGGAGGCUUUCUGGAACAUCGAUACACAGCGGUGGAGGCGACGAUGCGCUUAUCAGAGCGUCGUUGAGACGACGACCGCAUAAAGCAGUUCCACCUACCCACAGAAAUAGUUUCCAAGGUCUAGAAAGUGACACGGGGCUGCCGGCAGCAUCAACACCAACACCAUUUGGCACAGCAGGUACCAGGCGUACGGUGUACGUAGCAGAUGAAGAUGCUAGUGCUAAUCUGAAUACUAAGCCACAAAGUACACCUAUCAAAGAAAACCCAACUUACUUGGUAUACAAUCGAAUUUCCACUGUAAUUGGUGAUGGUGCCUGUCAAAGCAUGAAUGAUCGACCAGCCACAGACCAACACAGGUCAAUGUCGGAACAUCCGAGAUCUGCAGCAGAAGAGAGCUUGCCGGAAAGAGAUGAUCUAAGGAAUGAUAGAAGGUCAAUAAAUCGGAAUGAGAAAACGGAUAACUCGAAAGAAUCGGCAAUUUGGUACGAGUAUGGUUGCGUAUGA